UCCUCACACACAGUUUAGAAGUUUGGAUAACAGUCAGCUCUUUAUCUCUGCAGGGACCACACCAGCACACAGGACUUGUUCCAGUGCAAGGACGGUCUGUGGACAGGAGUGUUCCUGGGUGAGCACUUCAGACUCAGCAUUUCCUGCUCUGCCAGUGGACACUUUCAGAGCUCAACAGUGACACCAAGUCUCUUUUCUUUCAGGAGUUGGACCUUCUACUGCUUAAGCCAUGGGUCAGUCCUCCUCUUCUCCACCCUCUCAUAGUAGUAGUGGUGAUUUGGCCUCCAGCUUUGACAAGUUUUUUAAGGAAUUCAAGCUGGAAAGCAAAAUCCUCUCUCAGGAAACCAUCAGAAAUAUUCAAUCAUACCUAGAGAAGGGGGACCUUCAGAGUGCAUUUUCUGAAAUCAAUGCCGCAUUGAGAGACAUUGAAAAUGCCCCACUGAACAUUGCUGUGACAGGAGAAUCUGGGACAGGGAAGUCCACCUUCAUCAAUGCCCUGAGGGGGGUGGGGCAAGAGGAAGUCGGGGCUGCUCCCACGGGGCCAGUGGAGACAACCAUGGAGAGAACCCCAUACAAACACCCGACGUUUCCCAGUGUGACAUUAUGGGACCUGCCUGGCAUAGGGACCACUACCUUUCAGCCACAAGAAUAUCUGGAGGAAAUGAAAUUUGGUGAGUAUGACUUCUUUAUUAUCAUCUCUGCUACACGUUUCAAAAUCAAUGAUGCUCAACUGGCUACAGCAAUUGGAAAAAUGAAGAAGAAAUUCUACUUUGUCCGAACUAAAGUGGACAGUGAUUUACUUAAUCUAGAGAAGAGUAAACCCACCACAUUCAAUAAGGAUGAAAUCCUGCAAAGGAUCCGCGAUGACUGUGUGAAACACCUGCAGAAAGCCAAUGUGAGUGACCCUCAGGUCUUCUUAGUCUCUAGUCUUGAGCUGUCUGGCUAUGAUUUCCAAAACCUAGAAACCACCCUUCUGAGAGAGCUCCCAGCCCACAAGCGCCACAUCUUCAUGCAAUACCUACCAAAUAUUACUGAGGCCGCCAUUGACCGGAAGAGGGAUUCCCUGAAACAGAAGGUCUGGCUGGAGGCCCUGAAGGCUGGAGCAUCUGCCACCAUCCCUUUGGUGGGUUUCGUUAGUGAUAAUGAUGUGCAAACUUUAAAGGAUGCUUUAACGCUGUACAGGUUUCACUUUGGGCUGGAUGACUCAUCCCUGAAAAACAUGGCCGUGGACUUACACGUGUCGGUGGAGAAACUCAAGACAAACCUUAUGUCUCCUCAUUUGCUAUCAAUUGAGAAGGAUAAUGAGUCCUUAGGGGACAAACUGUUAAGAUAUUUGGAAAAAUUCUGUGGUAUUAGUGGAGGGCCCAUUGCUUCUGGUCUUUACUUUCGGAAGAUUUUCUAUUUGCAAAGUUAUUUCCUGGAGACUGUGGUGAGUGAUGCAAAACGUCUUCUUACAAUAGAAGAGGUUUUUAAGAACUCCAAGGGUUCUAAACAAGUCUAACUACUUUAGCAUGUUGGGCAUGGAGAUGGGAAAAGUGGGGCAUCCAGCUCCUGAAUUACUCUCAUCGUUGUUAUGGCACUGGUGCCUGGAAAGAUGACUUGGGCUUCCUUGUAGCAAUCUUGAGCCAUUGCUCUCAGAAUGUAUCACAGAGAUUUUCAUAAUUCACUCUUGAACCAACCACCAACUUAAAGACUAUUAUUUGUCAGUGUGAGCAAUCAGCUCUAAAGAAUCCUUGCUUCGUAUAAUCCUUCUUGGGAAAGUGAAGGACAAUAAUCUAUGAGCUUCUGCUUCCGUUUCAGAGAAUAACUCUUUGUGUGAUGGUUACUUCAUACGUAGCCAUGGUCUUAAGGCUAAAAUACUUAGUGAUAAAUGACUAUACACUGAAAAGUGAAUUUUUAAAUAAAUGUAUACAUAGUACACA